AUGGCAAUGCCAACUCCACCAAUCCCCACCCCGAGUACCUCUCGAAAAAGCCAUAGAGGAGAAGACGGCCUGCUGUCUUCUUCAACAUCAGCCUUCCUGAACUCUUCGUACUUCCCUCUGUCGUCAUCGACAAGCACCUUUUCGAGCAGCUUUUUGCGGCCGUCUCCAGCUUCCCGUUCCAUCCCCCUGGGCUCCUCAGUGCCAACUACUGACCUUUCCACUGCCUCUGCAACCAUUUCUACUCAGGCAGCUGGAGCAGCAGUGCAGAAAUCUAUGGCUUCCUCGUCCUCAAUGUCUAACUUCAGCCCCGGCUCGUUUGCAAGUGUUGGCGGGAACAAGAGGUCGUCAUUUAGUCCGUCAGAACACGCUGGCGGUGGUAUGUUUAGCAUUGGUCCCGGGAGUGACACAAGCAUCUCAAGGCCGUCAUCUGUCCUGAACCUUCCGUCAAUUAGCUCCCCCAGCACCUUAUGCUUGACGAACUCUAACGUAUCCGAAGCUCUGCAAAACGGCGAGGUAGUGUUCAGUCGGAGAAGGGACUCCAUUGCUAGUCUAUCCAUUGCAACCACCGCCACCUCUCCCGUCCACGUGAGCUCUCACCCAAAUACAAACCAUACAUCCACUAGUGACGGCAUGGGACUGCAGAUCCAAUCUCAACUUGCUUCUGCUAAUGCGAAGGACGCUGCUCAACUACAACAACAGCAACAACAACAUCCUUACCACCAAAUACCACAGCAACAGCAGCAACAUCAUCGAUCAAGAUCAAGGUCCACCAUGUCUCGUCCUGAAGGAGUCGUACCUGUUCAGGCUUCCCCAUCCCCCCAGCACAACAGCAGCAACAGCAGACAUCGCCGCCCGGUGCUGGAAUGA